CAUAAAGUAAAAAAAAACAAAAGCUCAAACAAAAUGCUUCCCACCGACACUCCAUGAGCUUUACUUUCUCCCAAAGGACAAAAUCAAACUCCAAAACAAAACAAAAAAGAAAUAAAAGCAUCUGAUACCCAAAAUAAAACCCAACAAGAUAAAGCUCACACAAAACAUAAAGAGGAAGAAGAAGAAGAAAAAGAAAAGCUUCAAGAGCUUUCAACUGUUCCGUAGCAAUGGCCGCCUUUGUCGGUCUCUUUACUCUUCUUCUUCUUCUUUCUACUCUGGUUCGUUCUCAAUGCAUUCGCCGGCCGCCUGUUAUUUUUAACUUCGGCGACUCCAACUCCGACACCGGCGGCCUUGUCGCCGGACUUGGGUUUCCAGUUCUUCCCCCAAAUGGCCGAUCCUUCUUCCGCCGCUCUACCGGCCGCCUCUCCGACGGCCGCCUUGUCAUCGACUUUCUCUGUGAGAGCUUGAACACAAACUUGCUAAACCCUUACAUGGAUUCAUUAGCAGGAUCAAAUUUCAAAAAUGGAGCAAACUUUGCAAUUGUAGGAUCUUCCACCCUCCCAAAAUACGUUCCUUUUUCUCUCAACAUUCAAGUCAUGCAGUUCCUUCACUUUAGAACCCGCACACUCGAACUGCUUAACGCUAAUCCCGGUCAGGGUAACUUGAUUGACGAUAACGGUUUUAGGAACGCUUUGUACAUGAUCGACAUUGGCCAAAAUGACAUAGCUGAUUCUUUCUCCAAAAAUCUUUCUUACUCCCAAGUGAUCAAGCAAAUUCCAUCAAUCAUUGCUGAAAUCAAGAAUGCCGUGAAGGCAUUGUAUGAUCAAGGUGGAAGGAAGUUCUGGAUACACAACACAGGGCCAUUAGGUUGUUUGCCUCAGAAACUGUCGUUGUUUCACACGAAAGAUCUCGACCGACAUGGAUGCAUUUCGAGCUUCAACGCCGCAGCAACAUUGUUCAACAUGGUGUUAAGACGUUUAUGUCAGGACAUGAGAUAUGAAUUGAAAGAUGCAAGUAUUGUCUACGUCGAUAUUUACUCUAUCAAAUAUGAUCUCAUUGCCAACUCCUCAUUAUACGGGUUUCCUGAUCCUCUAAUGGCAUGUUGUGGUGCCGGCGGACCUCCAUACAAUUACAACAUCAGAGUGACAUGUGGUCAACCAGGAUAUCAAGUUUGUACUGAAGAUUCAAAGUUCAUCAGUUGGGAUGGAAUUCAUUAUAGUGAAGAAGCAAACAAGAUUGUGGCUUCAAAAGUACUUUCAACAGCUUAUUCAACUCCACCAUUGCCUUUUGAUUUCUUUUGCCACAAUUGAUUUCAUUUCAUAUCAUUAAGAAACCACAAAUUGUUUUUGCCAUUAAUUGUUGUGUUCUUGUUGUUUCACUUGAAACAAUUUUGGAGGCCUAAAAUAUAUUCUUUGCAAAAUUUUCUCUCAAGUUUCUAACCCA